AUGGAGAUUAAGGCUUAUUUGGCACUUUUGGUUUUUGUUAUUUCGAUAGCAGGAAGGCCGAAUGAGGAGAAGAGAUAUAAGGCAUAUGACAGACAGAGAUCUGCAGAAGUUCAGAAAGUGUACAAUUCACCACCUGGGUAUUGGAAUCAAAGAGAGGCUCAAAGACAAGAGUAUCCAAAAGUAAGGCAAGAGCCAACAGAAAAUUCUGUAUUCAGAAAAAUUCAGAAGGAAGAGUUUGUUAAAGCAUUUGAAGAAGCUGAGGAGCAUGCUGAAGCCCAUGGAUCUCAUCCUAUUCUUUCUCAUGAAAACUGAUAUAGUUUAAACUACCCUGAAGAUGAAACUGCGAAAGAUCUAGAGGAUGCAUUGUUUAACGAUCCUGAGUCAUUGAUAGUUACAAUUUGGUUUGAUAACUUUCAAAAUCAAUGGGGACAGAAUUUGUUCAACCAAGAUGUAAGAGGAACCCUCUGGAAGCUAAUUUGUAAAUAUCAUCCAUUUGUAACCUACACUGAAGCUGAUCUUUCCAGUUAUAACGGUGAGAAAUAUGAAUAUAAAGAGCUUGCCCAAGACUUGAACAUCAAUCUUAACAAUAUAUUCGAUGGCCCGACAGUCACUAUUUUCCACAACAGAUUCGGAGAAGCAAUAAGGUCUGAAAGAGGCCCAAGAGACUUAAUCACAAGAGUUUCUUCUUACAUUCGAGCUAAAGAAGCUGACCUUUUCGAUGCUGAAGCUGAGGAAUAUGAUAUCAUGAAAGAAAUACUUGCUCCUAACAAGUAUGAUGAUUUUAUGCCUUCAGAUAGUGUGGAGAGGAACCCAAAUAUGUACAGAAAUAAUGAAGAAGAUGCUCCACUGAUCGAGAAACUGCAUAUCAGGCCAAAGUAUGACUAUGGCUAUUACUCUCGCUAA